AUGACUGCCGACGAGUGGUAUACUGCCUUGGCGGAGAUGCAUAUUGCACAGCUCAUAUUCCAGCAUAACGAUCUUGUAACGUCUGAGGAUGACUGCCGGAACAAAGUACCCCUCCCCCCCGAAACGCUGUCACCUUGCCCAUCCAACUCCGACUGUUUCCGGCUAUGGGGCGAUGACUUUCGAGCAGGCAACAUCCUUCUCAAUAAAUCCGAUGAGAUAGCUGCUCUCAUUGACUGGGAGUAUACAUACGCUGGACCUACACAGUUUACUCUUGACCCGCCAUGGUGGUUGCUACUUGAGACGGCAGAAAUGUGGUCACCAGAUCUUGACGAUUGGAGGAAAACCUACGAGUCUCGCUUAGGCAUUUGGCUUUCAGCUAUGGAGGAAGCAGAAGCCAGCAUGGACAAACCAGUCUGCAACAUUUUGCCGGCGCCCUUAUCUAGGUGUAUGCGAGAGAGCUGGCAAACAGGCCGCUUCUUUCUAAGCUAUGCGGCCCGUAAGAGCUGGGUAUUUGACGCUAUUUACUGGAACUUCUUAGAUGAGAGGUUCUUCGGCGAUCGAGAUCCUGGUGUGGUGAAAGACGACCUCUGGAAGACAAGGAUUGACUUGUUGAGUGCUGAGGAGAGAGCUGCCAUGGAGUCCUUUGUGCAAAGCAAAAUGGCUGAGUCCAAGGAAAGACGUAUUGUAGAAUGGGGCGAAAUAGAGGCGAAGAAGCGGUUUGCUGAGCUCCUAUUGGAUUAGUUGACCGGGACUACAAGUCUGUAAAACUCACUGCUGGCUAAAGUCGUAUCUCACACUCUGCAGCUCUCGUACCAGGAAC